UACACCAUCAAGGGAAUGUGCAUACUGGACAACGAUGGAAACCGGAUACUGGCCAAGUACUAUGACAAAAACGUGUUUCCCACGGUAAAGGAACAGCGAGCGUACGAGAAGAAUCUGUUUAACAAAACACACCGGGCGGAUGCGGAAAUUAUCAUGCUGGAUGGGUUGACCUGCGUGUACAAAAGCAAUGUGGAUCUGUUCUUCUACGUGAUGGGUAGCACGCAGGAAAACGAGCUAAUACUGCUGUCUGUGUUGAACUGUCUGUACGAUACGAUCACCAUGAUCCUGAAGAAAAACGUUGAAAAACGGGCGGUGCUGGAAAAUCUCGAUAUUGUGAUGUUAGCGUUCGAUGAAAUUUGUGAUGGAGGUAUUAUCCUGGACGCCGAUCCAUCGUCCGUGAUGAAGCGAGUCGAUCUACGAAACGAUGACAUUCCGAUCGGGGAACAAACCGUUGCCCAGGUUCUACAGUCGGCCAAAGAGCAACUGAAAUGGUCACUGCUGAAGUGA